GUGUCAUUUUUUAAUAUCAUUUGUAUAUUAAACUUUGUAAACCAUCCACAAUGACGCCAAAGGAAAGAAUGAAGACUCAUUGGGCUAAAAAUUGGGCCAAAGUAAAAGAAAAGAAUUUACAAAAUACAAAUGUUUACCCCUCAACAAGACAAACACAAACCCGUAAAGAAUUGGAGAACUGUCGUGCCCUGCAAGCGGCCAACUUAAAAAAGGGACUAGAAACGAAACUUGAGGAAGGCAACAAAGGCUUUGAGUUGCUUAAGAAAAUGGGUUAUCAAGUGGGUCAGGGCUUGGGUAAGGAUGGCAAUGGAACAUUACUGCCGUUACCACUAGAAGUUAAAAACGAUCGCAAAGGUUUGGGAGCAAUAAAGAAGGAUUUGCCUACAAAUAAUAGCACAAAGCAGCAGGCUGUCAUUAAGGACUCAACGAAAUCAAUUUCUCAGAAGCCACUGUUAAAAGCCGAUCAAAAACAAACUAAGGCUGAGGCUACUCCUAGCUCUAGAGUUUGCCGUACGAAACAUUCACCAAUACGUGCCCCAGAGCCAUCGCCACCUAUUGUCAAAACAAAUGGACAAGAGAAGGCAACGGCAGUGCAAAGUCCACGUAUACUAGCAAAUCUAAUAUCCAGCAAUAGUUGUGGAGAUCCAGUAUUUAUGAAGACCAUCUUUAAUAGCUACUACUCCGAGGUUGAGCUAAUGCAACUGCGUUUAGAAGCUUCAGCCUCCCGUAAUAUCACCCAUGCGGAGAACGAUUUAAUUGAUGCCCGAAUUCGUAUGGGCAAAAACGAGAUCAUUGACAAUUAUACUUUCGAAUUUAUACGUAGCGAACUGGUGGGAUGGAUUGGUCUCUAUCAAAAGCAAGACAUGCCCACACCCAUAUUCCACACCAUGGUCCACAAGAAACACUACAUAACAAUAGUUUGUGGCAAUGAGUAUGCCUAUAAUUUCCUUGCUGAAUGUAUAGACGAUAUAGCACAGCUGGAAGACUUCAAUCAAAUAACACUCCAGCCUCAGCCAGCCAUCGGUUUGGGUGUGUACUGUUUUGAUGCCAUCUAUGAGGGAAUAGUACGUGAACCCGAAAUGUUCUUGAUUCAAAUUAAGAAACACAAACCCCUACUUAAUGCCGAACUGUGGAUGGUCAUAGAACAUAAGGUCUACUCGGAGGAAGGUAAAACAUAUUUCAUGUUCUUGGUCGAUGAACGAUCGGCCCUAUGUCUCAAUUUUCAAUACAGUCCCAACUUAUGCAUUUGUAUGCAAAAUCUACUAAUGCGUAAUCGUGGUCUAGUUACUGAGGAAUGUAUAAAUUGACCUUAAUAUCCAAUUGUAAGUUAAGUGCUGUACAUACUAGAUGUACAAAAGCCAUUAUCAAUGCCUAGUGACUGGUUCAUAUUUCGCAUGAAAAUCAAUAAAGCUUGGCUUUUCACAAACACAA